AUGGCGGAACGGGUCAUCGAGCACAGGACCUACGCGAGGGUGGGGCUGAUGGGGAACCCCAGCGACGUCUACUUCGGGAGGGCCAUCUCCUUCUCCCUCGGCAAUUUCUGGGCGUCCGUUCGUCUCGAACCCUCCCGGGACCUCGUCAUCAGGCCGCACCCCGUGCACGACCUCGUCUCUUUCGACUCCAUUGAUCACCUGGUUCGUGCCCCCCCACCUCCCUUACAUCUCAGAUCUUGAUCCACCAGCCCUGCACAUCCUCGUCUCCUCUGUCUCCCAGGUCAACGAGGAUAUUCCCUUCAUUUAUUGAUCGGACAUUACACCUCUGCGUGUUCUACAUAGAGAAUUUCUCAGCGAUCUACUUCUGCCGAUUUUUUGUUUCCUGCACAAAUGUUCCACGAGAAUUCGGUUGAUAGCACGAUCAAGUAUAUGACUGAAUGUAUGACGUUGGUGCCUCAACGCAGACGAGCCUCAGAUCUGAAUUCCCAUGUAGUCUACUGCUAAAAUGAUUGAUUCGAAAGGAAAACAGAGAAAAUUGAAGCACCAGAUCGUUCAAGCUACCCCGGAUUCAUAAAUAUGGAAAGCAUGGAUGUUUCACACAGGCCAUCUCGUUGUCGAUUUAUCCUUUUUUUUCUUAAAUGAUGCCCACAUCAGAUUACCUUCAAUUCUGAUUUUUUUAUAUUUUAUAUAGCAUUUAUAUAUAUGUACAAAAUUCCAAGGUGUUUUUUAGCUAUGCUGUUCCUGUUUGCAUCAAUAUAUUGUACCCCAUUAUCAAUAUGUGAUGGAAGAAAAUCCGGGAACGUCUUCAGUAAUCAAAUCCCAUUAACCGAAUGAUAUUAGCGAUCCCGUCACCCAGACAUUUCAGUUAAAGAACAUACAUGCGGCCAUUAUCGCAUUGAUGCCCAUCUUCUUGCUGCUUGGUGUUCAACUGCGUACCCUUCAUCCUGCAGGUGAAUCGGUUGGAGAACGAGGGCUAUUAUGGAGGAGCGCGUCUGCUCUUGUCCAUCUGCAAAGUCUUCCGCAAAUACUGCAGUGACAAGCAGAUAAAUCUGAAAGGAGGAAACUUUACACUUUCAUAUGAGACCAACAUACCUCGCCAGGUGAGCAUCCUCUGGAACUAAUCAGCAGAGCUUUGGGGAACAUCGGGGGUGCUUUCUAUAAAAGGGUGUUGGGUCAGUUGAUCAGAAUGUCAUCUUCUCAUCUAAAUGUGAGCUGUUUUAGCUUUGCGCUCUAGUCUGCCAAUUUAGUCUCGAGUUCAUCUAAAUCCUUCAAUAAAUUAGUCUAUGUAUAUAUAUAUAUAUAUAUAUAUAUAUAUGUAUAUGGCAACUAAGUUGGUUGAAGCUAUUUUCUUGUCAAUAUUCACGAAGUUGUCGUUGAUUUUCUCUCAUUAUCUAUGUUUUCCACGCAUAGAGCACGCAUAGAUACCUGACGUCAGAGAGCUUGCUGGGAAUUUGUUCGUAGUUGACUGUUUUUUUUCCUUCUCCUUUUGGCAUCUUCAGACAGGACUUUCGGGUUCCAGUGCAAUAAUCUGCGCCGCUCUGAACUGUCUCCUGGAUUUCUACCAAAUCAGGCAUCUGGUGAGCGUCGAGAUCAGGCCCCAGCUAAUCCUAAAAGCAGAAAACGAGCUCGGAAUCGUCGCCGGCCUUCAGGACAGGGUGGCGCAGGUCUAUGGAGGACUCAUCUACAUGGUAUUACCUUUUAUACGUCGCCUUCAGCCUAUCAUCAUCUCCCCGCCAGUGUCUGAGAGAGUCAACGAUUUUUGAUUCAAUCCUUCAGGAUUUUAGCAAGGAAUACAUGGAUAAAUUGGGCCAUGGAAAGUACUCCCCCAUGGACGUCGGUCUUCUUCCUCCUCUCCACCUGAUCUACGCAGAAAAUCCCAGUGAUUCUGGCAAGGUCUGUCCUCUCCUCACAUGUUGAUUCUCGGUGCACCAAUGCGAUUAAUAAUCCGGAAAUGUAGUCGUCGUCAGAAAUAAUCUGGCAAUUGAAGGGGGAUUUCCUUACCUUUUGAUCUCAUUCCGCAAAACCUUCGGUUGCAGGUACAUAGCUCUGUUCGCAAGCGAUGGCUGAACGGCGAACAGUUCAUAAUAUCCUCCAUGGAAGAGGUCGCCAACAUCGCUCGCAGAGGUCGCGCCGUUCUGAUGGAGAAGAACUACGAAGAACUCGCACGACUCAUGAACCGCAACUUCGAUCUGCGCAGGUUCGAUUGCCGCCUCUCUCACUCCUCCUCUCUGGUUUCUGGAACACUGACGCUUGACUUGAUCGGGGAGAAGCGUUCUUGACACCGGUGCGGCGAUCUGGAUCUUUGCAGGCAGAUGUUCGGAGACGACGUUCUCGGAUCGGUGAACAUAAAGAUGAUCGAGGCGGCCAGAAGCGUCGGCGCGGCGGCGAAGUUCACCGGUAGCGGCGGCGCAGUGGUCGCCUUCUGCCCCGAGGGACCGGCGCAGGUGGAGCUCCUCGAGGACGCUUGCCGGAGGGCAGGCUUCAUUGUCCAGCCGAUCACGGUCGUCCCUUCAGUCCUCCGAGACGGGGACCUCGAAACACUGUCGAGCUGA